AUGUUUGUCUACCAAGGAAAGCUCAACUGGUACCACUACGGCAAAGAUGAGACCUUCGUCAUCAUCCUGCCCAGCGGCCCAGUCCGAGUCGGCGACAGCGUCUACCUCUUCUCCCAAUGGACAGAAGAUGCCCAAGGUCGCAAGAAGCAGAAUUGGUUCCAGACCAUCACCGUCGACUCUGUAACCCAGACUGACAGCAGCGACGUCACCUUUGUCCUCAAGGGCUCAUGGUACAACUUCACCAUCACCACCAAGGGCGGUUACAAAGACCUCAGCGUCAUUAUGAGAAACCCCCAAGGCGGUGCCAGCUCACCCAUGUCUCUGGAGCGCAUCUGGGAGUCCAAGCAGGAACUCACAGGCACCACGCGUGUCUGGACUGGCAAGUUCAAGUGGAUGCACUUUGCAGACAAUGAGCCUGCCAUUUUCAUCGUUCCUGAUGGCUUCGGUGAGGGUAAGCCUAUUCUGUCUACGUGGCAGUGGACAAAGGCCUCCAACGGAAAAACCAAGGACCCUUCAUUCCGUGACGCCGUUCAGAAGAACGUCACUGGCCUUGAUACCGACAAAGUCACCUUUUCUUACCACUCUUACUACGACAUCAACUGCACUUGGGAUGCCAACAAGGACCACCUUGAUGUCAAGGUCACAGAGGGUAGCCAUACCGAGGAUGUCGGAGACAUGAUUCGCUCGGCCAUCAUUGAGCGCAAACAGCACAUUCAUGACGUUGAACCCGCCGAGCCCAAGCCGGAGAAGGGCGAGUGUGAGCUUCGUAAGCCACAGCCUCAGGCAACUCUACCGCGCAUCCAGGACCCUAUGCCAUUCCCCAAGGGUCUCCUCGAGACGCUAGCCCACACUGCUGCUUUUGUCGACCAAGCAGGAUACCUCGCCAAGUAUGCUCUGGAUCACUUUUCCGUCCUGGAUGCCGAUUAUCACGUCCAACUCGAGAAGGUCAAGGCCAAGGAGGCCGAGAUCACCAACCUCAAGAAGACAGUUGAGGAUCUCACCGGCGACCGCAGCGCCGCGAAAGCCCAGGUCGAGGAGUUGCAAAAGCAGCUUGAGCAAGCCAACAAGGACAUGCAGGGACUCCGUGAUCAAAUCGCCGAACUCAACGAUUGGAUCAAGAAGGAUAUGGCUAAGGAUGAGAAGGUUCGCAAGGUCCUUGAAGAAACGCAGAAGAAGGUCGAGUCUCUCAUGGAAGAGAAGAGCAACCUCCGAAAGGAGCUUGAUGCUGCCAACGCGACCAUCUCCGAGCUCAAUGCUCGUAUUGCGGAUUACCAGAAGCAGAUCAUCCAGCGCGACACUGAGAUUUCCCGCUUGGGAGCUGAGAACUCGGCGCAGGUGGAGAUGAACAAGAGCCUGACUGCCAAGAACGACGCCCUCACCAAGGAAGUCGAAGAUCUCAAGGUUUCCCAGUCAUCGCUGCAGGAAGACCUCAGACGCGCCAAGAUCAGAAUUGACGAGUUGGUUGUCAAGAACAAGGAGGCGCGAGGACAGAUCACGACAGCUAACAAAGAGAGGGACGACGCAAAUGUCAAACUCAAGAGUGCUGACGAGGAGCGUAACAAGGCGGUUGAGAAGCUUGAGGACUAUAAGCAGAAGAUGUACGAUCAAGGUAUUAGUCUGGAUUGA